AAAAGAGAGCACUUAUGACAAUAAAGUCAAAGCAUAAAACUAUGGCUUUGACAGAUGUGCUGACUAGCCAAUGAGAGUGCACUACCAGGUGACCACUGAUCUAUUCUUUAUAGAUUAGUGAUACCAAAGACUACAGUCUAUGAGUGAUACAGUUAAGCAUGAAGAAGCGACAAAAUGGCGGACGAAAAUGUCAUGGAAAAUUUGGAUAAUCUUUUAAUACAGUUAGCUCUGCAGACUCGAGAAUUAUCUGUAAAGAAAGAUGAUCUACAGAUGCACAUUCAAGUGUGCAGAGCAAAUAUUCAACAGAAGAAGACUUACAUUGAGGAGAAUAAAAAGCAUAUUGGGAAACUCGACGAGCAGAUUACAGAGAAACAGAAGACAGUUCAGCAUUACAAAGAGAACACUAUGGGCCUGAAGAGAACUCACAGCUUAUUGCUGCAGUAUGAGAAAGUCUUGGAGAGCGAACUGGAGCGCAGACAAGAAAAUUGCAACCGAGACACUAAAAUGUACCAGGAGCGUGUGGAGGGCUACAAGGCGGUGCUAAAGAAGCACAGGGAGCAGUACCACCAGCACCCGCUUGCCCAGAAGCUGCUGCGGAUCCAGGCAGACAACGAGGACAUCGAGAGGAGGAUCAGGGUCUGGGAGGACCGCAUAGCCGCGGGGGAGAAACAACGGCAGGCACUACAGGGUGCAUCAGUCUCUACAGCCCCUCCAGAGAAUCCAGAGGAAAGUGUGUCAUUAGGUCAGGUGGAACUUCAGCUGGUUGAUCAGGUUGAGCCAUCAGUGGACACUAAGGAUCAGUUGUCACAGGGCGCUGGCUGCGAUGGCCAGGAUGAGGAUGCUGGGUUUGGAGAGGAGAGGAUGGAGGAAGUGGGGGUGGGCGACCCCGACAGAGACCGAAGCAGAGCUGCUGCAGCAGGACCAAGCCCAGGGGGAGGCCUCGUGUGGACCAGCCCAGAAGCCAGAGCAGUGCAGAGGGAGGUAGCAGAGCAGGCGCAGCAGGGAGAGAUGGAACAGGAGGACAGCUUUAACAUGUCAGGCAUCGCUGAAGAGAUGGACAAUGAGCUUGAGGGGGUGGCAGUGGAGAACACGGGUCAGGACCAGGACCCCCCCACUGCGCCUGCCACCGCUGCCCCCUCUGGGGCCUCUGAUGUGGGGGCCACCGGGGACGCUGCCGUCUGCCCUCCUACUCCCCCCUCCAGGAUGAAGGCGGUUAUGUCCACGCCAACCUUCUCACUCAGUAGCCCAAACGACUCUCUUGGUCGCCGUGACAACUCCGAGAGGAUACCCCCAGGCUUUGUGUUCUCCGGCCCUCUUGGUUGCCGUGACGACUCCAAUGCGAAGUCCCCAGGCUUCGAGUUCUCCGGUCCUCUCGGUGGCCGUGACGACUCCGAUGCGAAGUCCCCAGGCUUUGAGUUCUCUGGUCCUCUCGGUCGCCGUGACGACUCCGAUGCGAAGUCCCCAGGCUUUGUGUUCUCGAUGACCUCUGAACCCUCUACUCCGGCCUUCUCUGGAUUCGGAUUCGACAUGGGCUCCGCUGCACAAGAGGAGGAAACCCCAUUCACAUUCACAAGUGAAUAUUUCAGUGACAAGAAAUCAUCUGAAUCAAAGUUCUCAGGAUUUCCAUUUGACCAGUCUGAGAGCAGGUCUGAAGAGGACUUCCAGUUCUCCUUCUCAUCCAAGAGCCCCGCGCAGAACAACGCCUCUGAGGACAAGGCAGGGACCGCAGAUGGAUUCCCCUUCUCCUUCAACUUCGGAAAUUUCUAGCUGCUGAGAUGGAUUGUUGGAUUGUCUGUCAUUGCAAGAACUGUUUCAAGAUUCAUAUAUAUAUAUAUAUAUAUAUAUAUAUAUAUAUAUAUAUAUAUAUAUAUAUAUACGAACCUCAUGGUUUUCAAUGAGAUAGCUGUGAUCGUUCAAGGUGUGACAAUAAAAAUGCACAUUAAUCCAGAAGAAGAAAAUAUAUCAUAUAGAGUUGAAUUUUCCAGUUGAUUUUUUCUUGUUUUUAAUCCAAGAACCAAGUGUUAAGUCCUGGCCUGUAUUGCUCUCUGUGUGUCUGUUCACAACUUUCUGUUUAUCAUUACGAGCCUGUUGUGUGGAGGCUGGAAUCAAUUAGAAAAGCCAGAAAAUGUAUUUUAAAAGGUUUUAUCACAUGUUUAAUACAUAUGCAUUUGUCCCUGUUCCCUUCAUUUGGUUGAAAAUGUGCAAACAUGUUAUUUAUAAAAAUAGCUACAUGCUAUUAUUUAUUGGAAGGAAAAAAAACAGCUCUGAAUUGAUGUCAGUUCAGUGAUAUUCAUUGUUGACUUUAUUGUUGUCUUACAUUCAGAUGGUAGUGUUUACACAAAUACAUCCAUACACUUAGUAUGGCAUUUUACUUGAAAGAUAAAACAAAUAAAAAUAAAAUAAAAAAGGA